ACCUAUGUUAACAGGCUCCCUGUUAACACACUCGCUUCUGAUCCAGACUUCUUCAGAAGCGUCCGAGAGAGGCAUUGCACAGAGAGAAGAGGCACAAUAUCCGAAGAGUUCGCUGCAAUAAACAGGAAUCGCGAGCGAUAUAGUUACCCCUUGGUAAUAUACAGGCGUCGCGCUGCCUCUGUAGUUGAAUCCAAGCUGUGGGUUAAAAUAUACGUCAAAAUCUACUUUGCCAACAGGGAGGUCGGAAAGAAGAGCUGCUGGUGGUGGGGUGGGGGGAUAUUACUGUUCCGAGGAAAUCUGUUUAGGCUAAACGGAAUCGACAGCUUUUACGCCGACAUUUGGCUGCUGGUGUGAAUUGAUUUCUCUUCCACCGAUCGCCUGAUCAGCUGCUAUUUUUUUUAUUAGCCACCACGGCUCAGCAGAGGGUGUUCGCUCUUCCAGCGAGCACCAAACUGGAAAGGAUCAGAGUCGCUUAGCACAUCCCCGAUCGAGAGAGAGAGAGAGAGAGAGAGGAGGAGACGGCGAAGAGGUGGCGGAAUAUGCAGAGAUUGCAGAAUAUCUCUCUCUCUCUGGCACCUUGUGCUUCUCCGGGCGGAUGGUAUCAGAACACAAACGCAACUGAGUGAUUCUGGAUUAUGUAUCAAUCGCCUGCGGGGAACAGCGGCAACGAAAUCGGGAAACAGUAAUGGAUUGCACAGCUUGAUUAUGCACUUGCUUAUUGUUUGCAGUUUUUUUAAUGCCUCUCUCUUUAGACAAGUAACGGGGUUGUGCAUAGUCUUGUGUUCCUGCUGGGGGUACAUAUCCACACUCCGCUAUCCGGAUUGACAAACUGUUAUACUUCCCGGGCUCGGGUCUCUUUUGUUUUAUAUUCAUACAUGUAAUUUUAAAACAAAGCUGAAACUAUCUGCUUUUUUAUUUAUGCGUGUUAAAAAAAACAAAUCGGCUGAAGCAGUUCAUGGCAUGAGAUGGGAGGCAGAUGUUACUGUUUGAAAAUGCUGCCGUGGUUUGUGUUGGUGCAGAUCAUUCUGGGGUUUGCUUGGGGCAAUACGACUACGGACCUUUGCGAGAGGAUGUGCUCCUGCAUCGAGGUGGAGGGGGUUCUGCACAUUGACUGCGAGAGAAGAGGCAUCUCCGACCUGCAGCAUUACAGCGCGCCCACUUCGCGCUUCUACCAACUCUUCUUGCAUGGCAAUUCGCUGUCCAAACUCUUACCGAACGAGUUCGCCAACUUUUACAACGCGGUCACUCUGCACCUGGAGAACAACGGCCUCCACGACAUCAUUCCAGGGGCUUUCCUGGGGCUGCAGCUGGUAAAGAGGCUCCACAUCAAUAACAACAAGAUUAAAGGUUUCAGGAAGAACGCUUUCUUGGGGCUUGAUGAUUUGGAGUACCUGCAGGCGGACUUCAACCUGCUCCGGGACAUCGACCCCGGGGCUUUUAGGGACCUCAACGAGCUCGAGGUCCUGAUUUUAAAUGACAAUCUCAUCACCUCCCUUCCGGCCAACCUGUUCCAAAAUGUCCCCAUCACACACCUGGAUCUGCGGGGAAACAGGCUAAAGACACUGCCCUACGAAGGGAUUUUGGAACUCCUGCCCGGGAUCGCUGAGAUUUUGCUGGAAGACAACCCUUGGGACUGUACGUGCAAUCUCCUGCCCCUUAAAGAAUGGCUAGAGCACAUCUCACAUUCGGCUUUGAUUGGAAGAGUAGUUUGCGAGGCACCCAUGCGAUUGCAAGGAAACGACUUGAAUGAGACAUCCGAGUUCGAUCUAUGCCCCUCACAGAAUGAAAACGACUUAAGUCUUAUUGCUCCUCCUACUCAGCGGCCUUCAGGGCUGCCUCCAACUCCUGCCAUUCAGCACCCAAGGCCACCAACUUCAGCAUCAGGGCACAAAGGAAUAUCAAAGCCACGUGGAAAUUGGCAACUGAGGACAAGACCUUCAGCAAAUGCUGUUAUACCCAACGGCAACAACAUUCCCCUUUUGUUAAAUGGAUGCCCAACAACUUGUAGCUGUUCUAUUACUAGUCUUGAAUCAGGUCUUGAGGUUAACUGCAGGGGCAGUAAACUGGAGAGUGUAGCAGAUCUUCAGCCCAAACCAUUUAAGGCACAGGAACUCUUCCUCAGACAGAACAACAUAGGAAUUAUAAGAAAAACUCAUUUCCUGAACUACAGCAGUUUGACUUUGUUGGAUUUGGGAAAUAAUGCCAUUAAGUUAAUAGAAAACAACACUUUUUGUAAUCUCACCAAUUUGCGAUGGUUGUACCUGGAUAAUAAUAACCUAGAAACUCUGAUCCCUGAAAUGUUUGCAGGGCUUCAAAAUGCAGAAUACCUAAACUUGGAGUUCAACUUAAUUCAGUUAAUCCUGCCAGGCACAUUUAAUUGGAUGCCGAAUCUGAGAGAAUUGUUCUUGCAUAACAAUUUAUUGAAAUCUUUGCCAGUAGAUGUGUUUUCUUCUGUCUCCCUCUCCAAGCUAAGUCUCCAUACCAAUUAUUUUAUGUAUCUCCCAGUUACUGGGGUUUUGGAUCAAUUAACUUCUGUUGUGCAAAUUGACCUUCAUGGAAAUCCAUGGGAUUGUUCCUGCAACAUCAUUGCUUUCAAACAAUGGGUAGAAAGGAUGGGCAGUGAUGUCGUUGUAAGCGAAUUAAAAUGUGCAUCUCCAGAAGAAUUUUGGGACAGAGAUUUUAAGUCGAUAAGCAAUGAGCUGAUGUGCCCGGAGUUAUAUUCAAAAAUCCAUCUGACGUUUUCUUCAUCCAGUAACAUUACCAUAUCAACCGAGACAGGGACGCACGUGAAUCCAUACUUGGAGACCAGCAGAGUUUCUAUUUCAGUGCUGGUACCUGGUCUUUUACUCGUCUUUGUUACAUCUGCCUUUACGGUUGUGGGCAUGCUGGUGUUUAUCUUGAGAAAUCGAAAGAGAUCAAGGAAAAGGGAUACCAACUCCUCUGCUUCGGAAAUUAACUCCUUGCAAACAGUAUGUGAUUCUUACUGGCACAAUGGGCCUUAUCACGCAGAGGGACCUCAUAGAGUAUAUGAUUGUGUUGCACACACCCUCACAGACUAGGUGAAAUACUGAAAAUAUGGAGUGUGAUUUAAUGCAGCACAUAUAUCUGGAGAUGAGGUUAUGAUAUUGAAGGUCAAAGGCUCCUGAUGUAAAUAAUGUUACCAUAGGCUUCUGCUCAAAAAAGUCUACGACAGAUUAUUGAAUUCAGCUUUCUAAUGAACAGUAAAUAGCAGACAGAUUACAAAACUGCUUAUAACUUUUAGAACUAACCACUUUUCUCCUGCUGUGAAACAUACGUGUAUUUCAGAAGUAAGCACAGGAAUAACGUUGUUGCUUUCCAGUGCUCCUUUCAUGUUGAUAUUCCAAUGUAUAUGACAAUUAAUCAGUUAUAUAAAAAAUAUAAAGAAAACUUGUUGUCAUUUGGAGAUAUGGGAGGAUUGUAAAAAGAAUACACAGAUUGGGGGGGGGGAGGGAGCAGUAGAUUACAGCCAUUAGCUUUCACAAAUGUAAAGUUGCACGAACGCAUGAAUGUAUUGUACAGAACUGUCUAAUUAGAAACAAGUGAUGCAUGUCAUGCAUGAAUUCAACACCACAGGGUUACACUACAUAGCUGGAAGGAAUAGCUAUUACUAUGCUCCAUUCAUGGGUACUAAUUAUAUUCUAUGAAGUCAUGUAUCCAGUAUUGAUCACAGUGACCUUCCCCUGUUUAUUUUUGCUGUGAUUGCAAUUGUGCAGUUUGUGCUAUUAUUGCUUAGAUAAGGUGUAAGCUGCGAGUCAUCUUGUUUUAGGCCAUACUUGUUCAUGCAUGGUUAAAAAUUAUUUAAUUUAUAUUAUGAAUUCUCCAUGUUUUGGGUGUUAUUUUAUAUUUGCUAAUGCCAAUUCCCAUCUAAAUUUAAGUGUAGUUACUAUGUUUUGUACCGUGGUAAUGAAAUUCAAAUGGCAAAUGGAAUAUUCUUUUUUUAAGAACUUGGGAAUAAAUAUAUAAAGUACACUUAAGCAUGACCAAUUAAUGUCAUUCUAUUGCUCAGGCUGCUCCAGUGAUACAAUGUAAACUCAAGUCAGCAUUUUGUCACCUAACAAAAUGGAAAAUGCUAUGGAGGUGGUACUUAGAGGACAUUUAUUCGGAUUAUUUUAGAGUUUUAUAAUGGCAAUUUUUUUCAACAUUAAAAUGACUGGUUUAAUCUGAAGACUCAUUUAAUUAUUUAGUCUGCAUCAAAACAUAAUUCCCAGCUGCAUGAAGAGCUUUGCUCACAUUUAUCCAUGGUGUUAAAUAUUUAUAAAUUGGCAUAUCAUUUGCUUUGCAGCUGUUUAAACUUUGUGAGACCCUGAAAUAUUCCAAAAUGGCCUGAAGUGACCAUGGUAUUUUUCCGUGACAGCAGCAAUCAGUGAUACCCAUAGCUGUCUGCUUGGCUUUACUUCGGUUCACAAGUAAUCAUCAUUUGGUUUUGAAUUGAUCUGUGAACUACAGUGUCAUUUAAAUGGUCAGCACAUUGGACCGAUAGUGCAAAGUGCUGGCAGCCUUGGCAACGGAUACUUUCCUAAUAGAAUCUAUUGGCAGUAAAUGGUUCCACAGCUCAUAAAAUACCUUCUUUGUUCAAAAAAAAGUGUUGUUGCAGUCCUCAGAAUUUAUAAACAAGCAGGCUUGAAUUCUGUUCUAUAUGAGGCAGGAGGUUGUUUGCUACAAACAGGGUUGUUUUAUUGGGAGGAGGAGGGAGAGUAUGUACAGGAGGGUUGCUUUCUGUAGAAGAGGUGAUGUAUGUGAAGAAAGGGUUGAUACUUACGGAGCGUAGGUGAUAUGAGAGUGUAUGUUAUGUGGAGGAGGGAUUGUACAUGUGGGGGGGGGAUUUUUGGAAGGAAUUGAUGGGAUUGUUCUGGGAUGGUUUUAUCUCCUAUGUUUUUGACAAGUCAGUUCCGUGUCCAUCUGAUGACCUUCAUUCAAUAUAGCAUUAUUGUAAAACAAGGGAAAAAAUGUUACUGAUGCAGUAUUAUAGUUUUCAUGUACCGAUGACUGUACAUAUAGUGCAAAAAUUAAUGUGUAAAGGUUUAACAGAUUUGUAUACUAUUCCCUUCUCUGCUAUUUUAAUACUUAUUGUAAUGCUUUGAUGUCACUAUCCAAGUACUAGAUAAAGACAUUUUAUACAAUCUUCUUAAGUAUUUGUAUGCUAAUAUUCAUAUUGUAAUUAAGGCCCAUUGUAUUGUACAGACCUUUUUAAAAUUUAUUUUAAAGACAAAUGUAUCUUUUUUUGCAUUCUGAUAACUGAAAGGAUGCUGUAGUAAUCUGAGAUAAUUUAAGAUGUGUCGAAAUUAAUAUUCAUGCCUGUAAUAGAUUCUUUUCUAAAGUUGAGAUUUGUGCCCGUACAUUAAAACAGAGGGAGUAGCAGGCUGAAAGUGCAGACAAGACGGGAACUAUUGGGAAAUAUUGUAAGCGGAUGAACAUAACGGGAAAAAAAUGAGGGAGAUCAGGAUUCUCUUCUCAGUUCUGUUUCAUCAUUUCCCUGUUCUUUCUAUGAUCACAAAAUAUACUGCAGUGUUCGCCUGUGUCAAUAUUGUUUCUGCAACAGAAACUAUACAGUGAAAUGCAAUGGGCUUAUAUAGAGCGGAGGAAGAGGAGGUAGCAGAAGCAGAGAAGGUUGGAAAAAUGGAGAAGAUCAUGGGUUGUGUGGAAAACUGAAUGAUACAUAUACCACCGGCUCACAAAGAUGAAAUGGGAGAAGGUGAAAGUGCUAAAAGGUAGGAUUUAAUUUCUUCCAUGGUGUCUUUGAAAAGAGUUCUCGAGUUACUGCAGAUUAUUUUUUUAUGUUGCAAUUCUUAAAUUCAGGUAUGCUGCUGUGUUCCAAACAUCCAGCAGUAUUACUUUAAUGCAAAGUAAACAAUUGGAAACUUUUCAAAAAUCAUCUGACUUUUCUCUAUGUCUUCUGGACAAUGAUUUGAGUUUUCCUUGAGGGUCAUGGAAACUUGGCAGAUUACCAAUGCUCUUGAUGAAGGUCUGUUCUUGUUACACUAGAAUACAGUAUUUCGAGAAAAGUAGAAUAUUUUCAGAUAAUUGGGUGCCGUUGCUAAUUAGACAUUUCAUUACCAAUUAGAAAACUAGUGAUGUUCUGAUUUUCCUAAUGAAGUGGGGAUAGAUUUAACUGUUAGGGUAUCAUCAUUUACAGAACACUUUGGUAGCAAAGGUCUAUUAAUUGGGACACCAUAGUGGAAAUUAAAUCAUCCUAUUUAUCAAAUCGUUUCCAAUGAGUAAAAAUCAAUCAGUCCCACUCUAAUGCACUGGGAAUCCAUUGGUGCUUGAGAAAUGGCCCAAUUUAGCACAUCCCCAAAGAAAACAGCCAAAUUAACACAUCAGAUGGAUCAUUUUUGUCAAAUCUGAAUGAUAAAAUAAAUGAGAAAAAUGUAAAAUGAAACAGAAUUAAAGGAUAUUAAGGGGGGGGGGUAACUGAAGCACCUUGAUGUGAAGUAAAAUAAUGACAGAUUUAAUCCUGAUGUCCAAACUGAAGAUGAUUAAAUGUUUGGUAAUAACAGAACAUUAUCAAUGUGGAACAUAAUGCCAAAAUAAAACUUGCGAAGUGCAUGUGAAGAGCUGGGAUAAUUAUUGUUUACAAAAUUAUCUACAGGUUUUUACUUGGGAAAAUAUUUUGUGACUUAACAAAAGAAUCAUCAGGAAGAAUUAAUAAUUUAACACACUUAGUUUGAACACAACUUCCAUGACUACCAAUCAUUAUUUCAUCUAGAUAAGCGGUCUUAAUGUGGCUCAAGGAUUUUGUGAAUUUCCAUUAUUUAAGUGAAGGGGCAAGCUUAUUCAUUUGGUACAUCAGUCCAUGAUUAUGAACCCUGUUUGAAUUAUGCCUUUCAGUUACGUAGACAGAUAUUUCAGGCAUCCAUCUAGGAAUAAACAUGGGCCAACAUAACUGGAUACUCAUCUGAACUAAUGACACUUAAUCUCUCUCCCACAUUACUAUUUUUGGGAAGUUUAUAUAGAAGGAAAAUGUUGUCGAUGGAUACAGGCCCAGAUGUGCCACAUUGGAGAGAGGACACUGGAUGUGUGGAGUUUGUGAUUUAUUAUUUACCAAUGAAUUGGAGGAUGUAUAUAAACAUUUCCAUCAAGAGAAUCAGUGCAUUGGAUAAAGAGAAUUGUAUUUUCACUCUAGUUGGCUUAUAUUGCUGAAUACUUUUUAUGUAUGUUUAAUGAAAAAAAUAUAUAAAUGCAAAGCACUACACGUUGGAAAGUAUUUUAAUUUCUUGGGUAUAUUUUUAUUUAUUAACAGUGGAUAUUAGAAUCUAUAGAUGGAGGCUAUGAUAUUCCUCAUUGAUUAUCAGAUGAUAUGUUUGCUUCUUCAGUAUCGGAAUUGUUACUUUUUUUGUCUCUUUUCUCACUGGUUUAUACGCUAUUGUAUUUUAUGCAAAUGUAUGUUUGCAUGGAACAUGUAAAUGAUUUUGUAAAAAGAUGUUCAUGUUUCUAUUAUUCUUGAAUUUCCAAUUGAGCAGUGAGAAUUAAUGUGCCACUGUCUAAUUUUAAUUUUCUUGUUUUCCUAAUUUGUGGAUUAUUGAUGGUAUAAUAUUUUUCUCAUCAAAAGGCCGCUUUUUAUUUGUGAAUUGCAACAGUGAUUUAGGGCAUGCUACUUUGACAUGGAGGAAACAUCAUACUGAGUUUAAUAUUGAUCUUGCCAAACAUCCACACACGUUUCUUUUUCAUUAAAUGUAUGUCUCAGCAUAGGGAAACUGGUGCAUCUGUACAAUAUUCUGUCUAGGUUAAACAAAUUCACAGUUAUAUACUACAUGGUGCUCAGUGCAAACAGCGUGUAUGUUUAGUAAAAUGUACACAAUCAGAUCGCUCCCACUGUGAUUCCUUUGUCCAUUCGUCCCUCCCCACUAAUCUCUCUUCCAGCACUUAUCCUUGCAAGCGGCCAACGUGCUACACCUGCCCAUUCACCUCAUCCCUCACCUCCAUUCAGGGCCCCAAGCAGUCCUUAAAAGUGAGGCAACACUUAAACUGUGACCUGUGGCUCUUUUGGGGUCAUCUACUGUAUCCGGUGCUCCUGCUGCAGUCUGCUGUACAUUGGUGAGACCCAUUAUCCAUUAUAAACCGCUUUGUCGAGUACCGCCGCCCUGUCUGCCACAAGCGGGAUUUCCGGUGGCCAACCAGUUUAAUCCAUAUUCCCAUUCCCGUUCUGACAUGUUUGUCCAUGGCCUCCUCUGUUUCCAUGAUGAGGCCACUCUCAGGACGAAGGUGCAACACCUCAUAUCCCAUCUGGGUAGCCUCCACAUUGACGUCAUGAACAUCAAUUUUUCUUCACAGUAAUGUUUUCCCUCCCCCUUUUCUCUUCUUGUAUUCCCCACUCUGGCGCCUUACUUCUCACCUGCCUGUCAACUCCUCUAGUGCCCCUCCUUCUUCCCUUUCUCCCACUUAUCUCUCCGGCCCUUGACCGUUCCCAUCCACCUGGCUUUAGCUAUUACCUUCUAGCUCUACCCUCUCCCCCGCUUCCUUUUUUCUGGCAUCUUCCCCCUUUCUUUCCAGUCGUAAAGAUGUGUCUUUGCCUGAAAUGUCAUAAUUAAUUCAUUUCCAUAAAUGCUGUCUGACCUGCUGAGAUCCCCCAGGAUUUUGUGUGUUUUACUUUGAAUUUUCAGCAGGAUUUCUUGUGCUUAUAAUCAAAAUAAGCUGCUUUUGAAAAAAGACAACAGGAAAAUUGGUGUGGGAUAGGUGACUUGGCUCUUCAAGCUUGCUCCAUUAUACAAUACGAUGACAGCUGAUCUGCCAAGGAUUCAACUCCAAUUCUGAUCUUUCAAAAAAGAAAAUCCACCUCCUCUAUAAAUACUUCCAGGGAUCAAGUUGCUAUAACCUCACAGAUGGAUAAUUCACCACCUCUGGGAAAAGAAGCCUCUCGUAACUUUUAAAUAACCUCCCUAUUAUCUUGUAACUGCACACCCUAAUUCAAUCCUCCUCAAUUGUAAAAACAUUUGUGCAUCUAUCCUGUCAUGCCUCUUGAUGAUCUAAUAGUUUUCAAUAGGGCCAGUCCUCAUUUUAAGGGUUGAAGAAUACAGACCCAGCCUCUUUAUCUGCUU